UUUGUAAUUCAAUCACUGAGCACCAAUUUUGAAGCUGUUGGGUGAAGAAGGAAAAGACACUGCUUCCUCCUUUUCUUUUCAUUUUUUUUCCCAUGUCUUCUUUUCCCUCUCUUCUAUUCCAUUCUAUUUACUAUUCAAUGGAUUUAUCAUGGCAUGCUUUUGAUACAUUACCAUGUUGACUAAUCCCAACGAACCACUCCUUCUCUCUCCUUGCUUAGGAGACAUUGUGGUACUCAUUUUUCUUUAGUUGGUGUCUCCCUGGCUGUUUCUAACCGAAGCAUAUGUUACAGACACACCCUAUUCCUCACUCUCUCUCUCCCUCUUUCUCUCUCUGAGGAUUACUUGCAUAACACUACUACUAAAGCACUCAUCUUACAGCUUCUCAUCUUCAUAUCUAUGCUGCUGCUUCCUUCAGUUUCGUUACUCAUGCUGUUUCACAUAAUUUCUUCAAUUUCUACACUACACCUACUUCUAAACCAUGCAGCCUUUUCAGUACUAAAGCUUUUUCUGCUUCCUAAGAUUAAAUCAGUUGCACCAAUAAUAUAGCAACAGGAACUGCAGAUGAGGCAGAAAAAUCUGAAGCCUGGUGUUAGUCAGUGAGAGUAUUCUGCAUCUGCAACACUUUUAGACUUUAGUUAACUUCACCUACUCAUCUAUUCUAUUCUAACGGUUGGGGCAGAAACUCUCAGAAGUAUACAUACCACAGAGAGAAACAGAAAAGAAUGUCAAUUUGCAAAACUCUGUAAGCAAUCUGCGGAUAACGGCCUAAACUGGAGUUUGGUUGCUUUUUUAUUUUUUUCUUUAAUAUGUGGAGGGCACCAUCUUCAAUGAAUUGAAGGGCUUUCAGGAUUGUAUAUAAAAAUCAAUGAGGUUGAGGUUUUGAAGUAGAGGUUUUUUCUUCACGAUUUCAACAAAUAAAAAUGAAGUUCAUGAAACUUGGGACAAAGGCAGAUACAUUCUACACUGAACAAGCUACCAGGACUCUGAUAUCAGAGAUAGCUGCAGACCUUGUGAUACAAAUCAAUGACAUCACUUAUCUGUUACACAAGCUGCAGUUUCCGCUUCUUCCCAAAUGUGGCCUCCUACAAAGGCUUUGCUAUGACAGUAGUGAUUCGGAGAGUGUCUCUCUGGAGCUGCAUGAUAUACCUGGAGGAGAAGAGGCUUUCGAACUGUGUGCCAAGUUUUGUUACGGAAUUGCAAUCAACAUAAGUGCCCAUAACUUUGUAUCCGCUCUCUGUGCUGCCAAGUUCCUUAGAAUGAACGAUUCCAUUGAGAAGGGAAACUUUGUGGGAAAGCUUGAGUCUUUCUUCAAUUCAUGCAUACUUGAAGGUUGGAAAGAUUCCAUUGCAACGCUUCAAACCACUGCUACGUUGCCAGAGUGGUCUGAGAAUCUUGGUAUUGUCAGAAAGUGCAUUGAUUCAAUUAUUGAGAAAAUUCUCACACCACCACCACAGGUCAAAUGGUCCUACACCUACACCAGGCCAGGUUACACAAAAAAACAGCACCACUCUGUGCCAAAGGAUUGGUGGACGGAGGAUGUUUCUGAUCUUGACAUAGAUCUUUUCCGGUGCAUAAUAAUGGCUAUUAGAUCAACAUAUGUGCUCCCUCCACAGCUUAUUGGAGAAGCUUUGCAUGUCUAUGCCUGCCGGUGGCUACCGGGAAUCACAAAGCUUAAAAGUUCUGGCAGUUCAGUGUCUCAAACAGAAGAAUCUAAAGAGAAAAACAGAAAAAUUCUCGAAACAAUUGUCAGCAUGAUUCCUGCAGAUAGAGGGUCUGUGUCGGUUGGCUUCUUGUUUAGGCUUCUCAGCAUUUCAAUUCACCUCGGUGUCUCCUCGGUGACCAAAACAGAACUCAUAAGGAGAGCCAGUCUGCAGUUUGAGGAGGCAACAGUGAGUGACUUGCUUUACCCUUCAACAUCCUCUUCUGACCAGAACUAUUAUGAUACAGAGUUAGUUCUGGCAGUGUUGGAGACUUUCUUGAAGCUUUGGAAAAGAAUGUCCCCAGGUGCUGUGGAUAGCAGCUACUUUUUGAGAUCAAUUAGAAAUGUUGGCAAGCUCAUUGAUUCUUAUCUUCAAGUGGUCGCAAGGGAUGAUAACAUGCAAGUUUCAAAAUUUGUGUCUCUUGCUGAAACUGUGCCCAGUAUUGCUCGUGAAGACCAUGAUGAUCUGUACCAGGCAAUUAACAUCUAUCUUAAGAUGCAUCCUGAACUGAGCAAAGCAGACAAGAAACGGUUGUGUGGGAUUCUAGACUGUCAAAGGUUGUCCCCAGAAGUGCGUGGACAUGCAGUGAAAAACGAGCUUCUGCCAUUAAGAACAGUGGUGCAGCUUCUGUACUUUGAACAAGACAAAGGGUCCAAGGCAACCUCGAGUCACAAACUACCAAAGCCACAUGAGAUUCUUCUGGGAGCAAAAGAUAGAGCAGCUACCACAAGAGACACCCAAAGCAAACAUUCUUUGGGUCCAACGAAAGAAGCAUUGAACGGAGAAGAAAUUAGGGAAAGGGAUCAUCAGCAGAAAACAAAAAGAUCAGAUGGGAAGUUGGCAUUGGAGUUGGAAAAGAAAAUGGUUAUAAGAGGAGACAUUGAAGAGACACAAUCUGAGAAAGCGAGGGUUGUGAGAGAUGAAAGUAGUUCAAGCGGCAAGGUGAAGAUGGUGGAUCCUAAGAAAAUGAUAAGAAGGGCAAGAAGUAAAUCAGAACAUGGUGUGAAGAAGUAAGAUUCAGAUCACCAUAUCACAGCAACAGUAAUAAUAAUCUUUGUAACUUCAAUUCUUAUUAUUUCUUUUUCAACGUCUCAUAAAUGCCAGCAAUGUAUAAAUCCUUUGUACUAUCUCUUUCCCGAAAGAGUUUUACGUAGGGAAAUUAUUUUUUUACAUCCUUUUGUUUGAUAGAGAGAGAGACACACACAGAUAAUGUGUAUUAAAAAUGUUUUAUUGUUAAAA